CAUGAUUGUUUCUUCUCUGCAGUUUCAAGCUUUAUUUUUUAAUUUUUCCCUUUAUCUGUCAAUUUUUACAUCUUUUUUGGGGGAUUAUGAAAACAGGAAGCAGAAAAGUCCAGAGUCAACAUGAUAUAUCUGUAAUAAUAUACCUCUACCCCUACCCUUACUCCAUUAUUAAAUUAAGGAAAAAAUGAUUUUUUUUAUAAAAAGAAAUAAAUUGAAAGAUUUCCAUAACAUCAAAAUAAAGCAAUGAAAGCUGAACAUUUACUCUAUAUACAAUAGAGGGCAACAACAAGAGGUCACAGAAACAGCCUCCUCCAUUUCACCUUCCUUUCUCCACCUUUAAUAGGAUUCCUUUUGAGGGUCUUUUCUCUUCCAUUGGAUUUUACAGAUUCCCUGUUAGACACCCAUUUCAAUCCUUCUGAUUUUUCGUUGAUUUUGCUAUUUUUAUGUGUUUUUCCUGGGUCUGAAAGGCAUACUUUUUUUGUAGUUCCAUGGGUUUUUGGUUUCUUCUGCAAACUCUAGUUGGGUUUUAGCAGAAAGGCUUCCAGACCCAGUAAUAUUCUCUUAAGUGGGUUGAAGAGAAUUAGCUUUUUUACUUUUUUUUCUUUUCCCUUCAAAUUUGGCUAUUUUUUGGCAAGAAAAUCCGUGUUUUUUUUUUCCUCCAUUUUGUGUUCUUUGAAUCCUUGUUUGGAGAUAAGGUGGGGAGAGAGGCAUGGGUAAGCAAGGGCCUUGCUACCACUGUGGCGUUACAAGCACCCCUCUUUGGCGCAAUGGACCACCAGAGAAACCGGUACUGUGCAAUGCAUGUGGUUCUCGAUGGAGAACGAAGGGAACACUUGCAAACUACACCCCAUUACAUGCCCGAAUAGAAACUGAUGAUCUUGAAGAGUACAAAGUUCCAAAAGUGAGAAGCAUACCCAUUAAGGCUAAAGAUGUGAGAUUACAUAAAAGAAAAGAGACUCAUGAUAAUGUGGUAGUGGAAGGGGAAGCUCCAGAAUGUGACCAGAACUUCCUGAAGGUUCUGGAGGAUGAUGCAAGUAAUAGAUCAAGUUCAGGAUCAGCGAUAUCGUACUCUGAAAGCUGUGUCCAGUUUGGUGGCAUAGAUGCAAGUGAAUUAACAGGGCCAGCUCAAUCAACUGUGUGGGAAACGCUGGUACCAUCGAGAAAGAGGACUUGCGUGAGUCGCUCAAAGCCAUCUCCUGUUGAAAAACUUACAAAAGACCUAUGCUCUAUUUUACAUGAGCAGCAGGCUUCAUCUAACUUCUCUGGAUCUUCAGAAGAGGACUUGAUUUUCGAAAGUGACACCCCAAUGGUCUCUGUAGAGAUAGGACAUGGAAGUGUUCUCAUGAAGCACCCGAGCUUGGCAGCUCGAGAGGAGGAAUCUGAGGCCAGCUCUCUUUCAGUAGAUACCAAACCAAACCAAAUAAAUGAUGCUUAUUCAGGUUCUGCGUCUCUUCCUGUACAUAACUAUAGAGGCACGAUGUUUCCAAGCAUCAGCAAUGAGAAAACAAAGAAGUCCACUGGACAAGGGAUAGAGCACAGCAAAAGGGACAAAUCCCUCUUUGAGAGAUUACAACUUCUACAAAGUCACAACUCACCACUCAGAGCCUUGGAUCUAAAGGAUGUUGUUAGCUUUGAGGAGUUUAUGAGUCAUUUGACUCGUGAAGAACAGGAGCGAUUGAUGAAGUAUCUACCUUCUGCGGAUACUGCCAGACUUCCUGAUAGCCUCGAAAGCAUGUUUAAUAGCCCUCAAUUCAAGGAGAAUGUAUCUUCCUUCCAACAAUUGCUUGCAGAGGGGCUCUUUGAUCUCUCCUUUUCAGAAGUGAACACUGAAGACUGUAAAACACUGAAGAGGCUUGUGUUAAUCAAUUUGGCAAAGUCAAAAUGGGUAGAACAGCAUAAUCUGCUCAAGGAUGUUAAAGGUAAAAAGGUUACAGAAGAUAAGGGAGAGAGAAAUGGAAUCAGUCUCCUUGGGUCAAGCGAUCUUUUACCUGGCAAAAGACCACAAGAUGGCCAAAAUCAUGACUUUCCAGCUUUUGAGCCAAGGACUUGACAACAAGAAUGCAGCGAGUCCAACUAUAAAUACUGUAAGUCUUGCUGUAAGAUCUAAGUAAAUUUAAAAGAAUUUAAAAGCUUCCAAAAAUUAAACCUUGUAAAGCCCCUGGACAAACAUACUUGCAUGCCUAGAUCUGACAAGCCUAUGUAGGAAAGAGAUUCCUCAAAGUGAUUAGGUGUGCGGCAAAACUAAAAAUGAUAAAAGUACAGAAUGACCAUAUAAGUGCUGAUUUGGGAGUUGCCUUGAUACAUGAUAAGCACCGAGGGAGUCGUUUGAGAUGGCUAUGUUCAACAGAGACCUUGGGAUGGCACUAGUACGGAGGAGUGAUCUGAUUCAGAUUGAAGGAAUUAAAAGAGCUAGGGGCAGAGGCCUAAAAUGACCCUAGGGGAAAUAGUGAGGAAAAACAUGCAUAGUUUAGGUCUUGACUCAAGUAUGACCUCGAAUAGAGUUAUUUGGAGAGCAAGGAUCCACGUAGCAGCCGGUAGGAUUUUGCUGAGUUGUCAUUGUUAUUGCAUGUUCUUUUCCUUCUACUAUUUUUAAUAUUUUGUCUUUGCUCGGAUCUAUGUAGUUGAUCCCAUUUAGUUGGGAUAAGGCUGAGUUUAUUGUUGUUGUUGUUGUUGCUGUUGUAUUGCUUUCCCGUCACCUGUAUUUUAUAAAUCAACUGUUGAUAUAACCUUCAAACCUUGCAUAUACUCCAUAAAGUAAAUUUUUUAC